GUCUCCGCGGUGUCGGAGGAGGAGGCGGCGGGCGGCGUCUCCGCGGCCGCGGGACGAUGGCUUCGCUCGGUCCGGCCGAUCCGGGCGAGCAGGGCCUGGGCUCCGAGGCGGAGGCGGGCGCCGCGGGGCCUCUUCCUCCUCCUCCGCCGCCGCUGCCGCCGCCACCGCCAUCGUCGUUGGCGCUGGGCCCCCUGCUGCCCCUGCAGCGGGAGCCGCUGUACAACUGGCAGGCGACCAAGGCGUCGCUGAAGGAGCGCUUCGCCUUCCUCUUCAACUCGGAGCUGCUGAGCGACGUGCGCUUCGUGCUGGGCAAGGGCCGCGCCGGCGUCUCCUCCGCCGCCGCCGCCGCCGCCGCGGGGGGCCCCCAGCGCAUCCCCGCGCACCGCUUCGUGCUGGCGGCCGGCAGCGCCGUCUUCGACGCCAUGUUCAACGGCGGCAUGGCCACCACGUCCGCCGAGAUCGAGCUGCCCGACGUGGAGCCCGCCGCCUUCCUGGCGCUGCUGAGAUUUCUGUAUUCAGAUGAAGUUCAAAUUGGCCCAGAAACAGUGAUGACCACUCUUUACACGGCUAAGAAGUACGCAGUGCCGGCCUUGGAGGCACACUGCGUGGAAUUUCUCACCAAACAUCUGAGAGCAGAUAACGCCUUCAUGCUGCUUACCCAGGCUCGACUAUUUGAUGAACCUCAGCUCGCUAGUCUUUGUCUCGAUACGAUAGAUAAAAGCACGAUGGAUGCGAUAAGUGCAGAAGGGUUUACUGAUAUUGAUAUAGACACACUGUGCGCAGUUCUGGAAAGAGACACACUUAGUAUUCGAGAAAGCCGGCUCUUUGGAGCUAUUGUCCGAUGGUCAGAAGCAGAAUGUCAGCGACAGCAGCUGCCUGUGAGUUUUGAAAACAAACAGAAAGUCCUAGGAAAGGCGCUGUCCCUAAUCCGGUUCCCGCUGAUGACCAUUGAGGAGUUCGCAGCGGGGCCUGCUCAGUCUGGGAUUCUGUCAGAUCGUGAAGUGGUGAAUCUCUUUCUCCACUUUACCGUCAAUCCUAAGCCCCGAGUGGACUACAUCGACCGGCCGCGGUGCUGCCUCCGCGGGAAGGAAUGCUGCAUCAACCGGUUCCAGCAGGUGGAGAGCCGCUGGGGCUACAGUGGGACCAGCGAUCGAAUCAGGUUCACAGUUAACAGAAGAAUCUCGAUAGUUGGAUUCGGUUUAUAUGGAUCUAUUCAUGGCCCCACGGAUUAUCAAGUGAACAUACAGAUCAUUGAAUACGAAAAGAAACAAACCCUGGGACAGAACGAUACCGGCUUCAGCUGUGACGGGAGCGCGAGCACGUUCAGGGUCAUGUUCAAGGACCCCAUCGAGAUCCUGCCCAACGUGUGCUACACCGCAUGCGCCACCCUCAAGGGUUCAGAUUCCCACUAUGGCACGAAAGGACUGAAGAAAGUCGUGCAUGAAACAUCUGCCAGCAAGACUGUUUUCUUCUUUUUCAGCUCACCUGGCAAUAAUAAUGGCACUUCAAUAGAAGACGGACAAAUACCGGAAAUAAUAUUUUACACCUAAUUUAACAUUCUAAAACAUCCUGGCUAAAUUGUACUACCCAGUCUAAAUCAGCGGCAUAAAAAAGACUGGCCACACAAAACAUUUGAGUGUUAUGAAUAUUUAUGAUUUUAAGAUGAGAAAGUUUCUAAGUGGAGAUAGAGAAAUGUUUAUUUAAAUCUCUGCAUCAUUGAAAGGCAGAUUUUCCAUUUUCUUAUAACCUUAGAGGAAAAGAAAACUAGAUUUGUUUAAAACACACACAGCUAUUUCAGCUUUAUCUUGUAUCAUUUCAUAAAUCCAACUGACUCGCGAUCUUUCAAGAGUUUCAUAAUUGAAAGAUUUUUGUGAUAUAGCUGAUUUGUUUUGUUUGAAUUAUUUUUUAAGGUUCUAUGAGAUGACAUGGGUCAGGUUUCCUGUAGAAUUCGUAUUCCUCUCAUUUCAGACAGUACGAAAACCGACCUUCUAUUUGGAGUUUUGAAAUACCUGUUUGUUAAACAUUUGGAAUAUUGCUAGAAAUAGGCCUUCCGAAUGCCCAAGAAAAUUUUUCAAUGCUUUUACAGAAAACGAUAUUUUGUAAUAGUAUAGUAACGUGCUACACAGUACAGUUUUCAACUACAAAUGGAGUUUGUACAAAUUCACAGUAACGGGAUAAAAUCAAGAAUCUAAAGCAAGGUCUAAGAUUGGAUUCUUUACCACUGAACCAAACCAUUACACCUGUCUGUCUGUAUGGAGAAUUCAUUGAGAUGGUGAUGGUGGUGGUGAGUAGAUAAACACACUUAAGGUCAACACUUAAGGUGACAAGCUUACACAGCACUUAAGCUGACAAGCUUACACAGCAUGAAACAGAAUGAAAUACUAACAUUUCUAACAACUACUUUGAAGUUUUAAAGAUCUCCAGCAUGUCACUCCUGCUGAAGUGACACCAUACAACGUCACCUACACACUUGUAUCUAAGACGCCAAACAUGUUUAAUAUUCAUGAUCUCACAAAUGUCAUAGGAACAGCCGUAGUAGGAAGGAUAAGACGUCUAUGUGGCAGAAUGAUAUUUAUACACUUUUUUAUAAAAGAGAAUUUUUAUAUGAAUGCCAUUCUUUUUUUCUUCUGAAAGCAAUUAUCUUAUAAAAACAUGUAUCAUUAAGUGUGAGUUGUGGAAGGUGUUAAAAAUCACAAGUCAAAAAGUAUCAGCUUACAUAGGAUUAAUUUUUUUCACAGCAUAGUAAUGAGUGUAACAUUUCUUUCGCUGUAUUUCACGGUGUAUUUAUAAGAAGGUCGUGAGAUAGCAUGUGGCAGAGGUCACUUGACUUUGCUGAUAAAAAGGGAACUUUUUCUCUCCCUCGUUUCAUGACCUUAAUGGUUUUAAACCUGAAUUAACUGGAGGAGCUGUGGGAUGAGUGGUUCUGGUUAACCAGCAAACACUGCACCAGCCACUGUGGAAAACACUUCUGCCUUAAACAGGAUGGUGUACUGGCGAUAAGCUCAUGUUUUUCAAUGUUUGAGGCAUUUCAAAUGCCUCCCGUAUGUUGCACUGAACAGUGAUUGUGACUGAAGGUAGCUAUAGCGGAGGCGCAAGAAAUGGGACUGUUUACUGAUAGGGGGCAUCCCUGGAAUUUUUAAAAAAUAAAUAUUAUCCAUUUA